AUGUCCUUCGUCAACCCGACCAAAAAACUUUCCUUUGCUGCUUCUGAGCUUACCGAAGGUAAAGAUUUGUGGGAUCUUUGCCUUGUGGGCUACUCUUUGGGUCAAAGACCGUAUUACGAAAGACUUCUUACGACGAUGAACAAGGCGUGGAAGCUUAAAGGCUCGUUCUCGCUGCUUUCUCUUGCUGAUGAUUUUUUUCUUCUGAAGUUCACUUACAGUGAAGAUUUUGAUAUGAUCUGGUCGGGAGGACCUUGGUUUCUCCUUGGCAAACCGUUCUUCCUUCAGAAGUGGAAUUCGAAGUUCCAACCAAAGCGAGAUGAAGCUGCCUCUAUCCCUCUGUGGAUUAAAAUUCUCAACCUCCCCCUUGCUCUCUGGACACCAUCAGGUAUCUCGAAAAUUGCCAGUUACAUUGGCAUUCCUCUUUAUGUGGAUUCUCUUACCGCCAAAAGAACACGACUUACUUUUGCUCGAGUGUGUGUUCAAGUUGACAAAAACUCGGUUUUGCCAGACGAAAUUCCAUUGGAAAUUGAUGGUGAUGAUUUGGUUCUCAAAGUAGUCUAUGAUUGGAAACCGUCGAAAUGUGAUGGAUGCGGUUCUAUUAUCCAUCCUUAUGCUCUGUGUCCAUCUAACCCUUCACCCAAGCCUUCUCUUCCUCCAAAACCUGCUUUUAGGGGCAGGAGCACGAGUCGGGCUCCUACUGCUAGAGGUAAAAGAUCCCCUUCUCGGCCCAAGGUUAAUUUUCUGGUUAACCCUCCUCUAAAUAUUAAUUCUGCUUCUACAUCCCAACCCCUGCCCACGACACUUCCUCCUUCUCAACCAGCCACAGAUCAGCCACCUACCACUGAAAUUGCCAAUGAACCUCUUAUUUCUCCUCCUGACAAUACCACAUCUCUCCCUAAUCUGAAUUUACCGCAUGAAGAAUCUUCCUCUUCGGGUCAAUCCCAUCCACUUCUUCUUCUUCGUCCCUCACAAGUGGUUUUAGCUAAUAGCUUCGCCUCUCUUCCAGUUGACAAUUUGGAUAAUUCGGAAGAGGCUAAAGAUGAUGAAGUUUAUUCUUCCUCUGCUUUUUCCGAGGAAGUUCUCCCCCCUCCUCUUCCUCCAAAGCUUCUCAGCCCAACUCCAAAACUCCUUCUAACUCUGUUUCCUCCCCUGACAAAAAAGCCAAGCCAAAGACGGCCAAAAAGGCCAAAAAACCCAACAAAAAUUCACAAUUCUGUCUCUCAUGAUCCUUGGUUUCUUUUCUCUCAUACUUUGUUUCACAAUGAAGAAAGUUAUGAUAAUUUUUCUUUCUCCAACCCCGGUAGAAUUUGGCUUAAAUGGGAUGCUUCCCAGAUUUCGUUUUCUCCUCUCUUUACCUCUUCUCAAGUUGUUCAUGGAAUUGUGGAAGCUGGGUCCCUACCACCUAUCUAUCUGUCGGUGGUAUAUGCAGCUAAUGAGUUGGCUGAUAGGAGAUUGCUUUGGGAGGAUCUCUUGAACCUCUCGGUGGGGCUGGAGCACCCGUGGGUUGUCAUGGGUGACUUUAACUGUUGCCGGUUCGAAAGGGAAAAAGCAGGUGGGAAUCCUCUGCCUGCUGAUCGUUUGGGGGAGCUUAAUACCUUUGUUUUUUAUUCGGGCUUGCAAGAUCUAGCUUCUGUGGGGUUGUUUUUUACCUGGCACAACCAAAGGACAGAUAAUCCUAUUCACAUUAAGCUGGAUAGGAUGCUUGUUAACCAUGCUUUUCUGGAUCUUUUUCCUUCUGCUUUCUAUAAAGUGGAUUAUCCCUCUGGCUCAGAUCAUUCACCUCUUAUUCUGUCUGCUAAUCCUUUGAAAAGGAAUUUCUCAAGGUUUAUGUACAAGGCUUUUUGGGCUAAUAUGGAUGGGUUUUGGGAAGAG